CCCCGCCAGGCAGGCAGUCUAUACUUUAAGGAGUAAAGUGUAACUCGUGUCGUGAUGAGUAUUUCCACAUGCACACCACACGCAGAAAAGGACUGCGUGCUCGCAAGUUCAGCUCAGCCAGGGACAGAGGAUGUCGAAUGGUUAGAGAUGAACGUGGCAGCCGGUUUCAGAGUGUGGCAGAUCAUGUUCCUCUGUUUCGCCGGUCUCCUGACUCUAGUGAUCUUCCUGUGCUGUUGUAUCCGAUUCCGCAUACCAAGGACGAAGCAAGAGAUCGAAGCUGACUACAUAAGGAAGAAACUUGCCAAGAAGUUUCGAAAGCAGCUUCGCCUAAUUCAAAAUUCUGAGCUGGAUAACAUGGAUUUGAAAAGAGGUACUGUCCAGCCUCGCAGUGACUUCCAUUCCCGCUCAUGCGCGGUAUCAACAGUGGGGCGGGAACCCCAAGUACCGGAGAUCCAAGAUCACCCUCUGGACAGGGUUCGUGCUGAAAUCAAGUCCGACACGGACAGUCUACCGCAGUCUGACGUCUCUCUCAGUUCAGGAUGUUGCAACUGCCCUAGUCCUGCUCUGCCACCAUGCGAACCGCACCUCACAGAUCGACAGCUCACGAAGAAAGCGACCACAUUCCGCAAGGCCAGUGACUUCACUGCAGUAUAGGCCUUACGGCCUGUUAUGGGCAUUAUGAAACAGAAUCCUUCCGUCUGUUGAGGGGUCAGCCCAGCGGUAUAACUGUUACAUCAGGUACAGAGGAAAUACUGUACAUAAUAGCCAGUUCAGAGGCUACAAAAGGACUCGCCUACUUUCGGCCAGCAACCAAUCGAAAGGACACAAAUCGCUUUCAAGGCAAAACCAAUUCUGCCAUUUGAAACCUUAAAAAUAUAUGUAGCUUUUACGAAGGUAAUGUUUCUUGUAGAAUGUAAAGAACCCAAUGUUUAUGUUAAUUUUGAUGGAAAUAACUAGUGGUCCAUCCAGGCUUGGUAGAAAGAAAGCAGACUUCAAGCAAGCUGGCGUGUUGGUAAAAUAGUUGUCCCCGUUGCCUAGUUAGCUGCUACGGUAGAAUGUUGUGUAAGGACAGGUGACAACUAGUUUGAAAGUGUGAGUUUACAAACGAGAUGUCCUAGCAGAAAAGUGAAAGUGUUUGUAAAUUUCCGUAUAUUUGUGAACACUUAAAGAGUCACUGUGGAAUAUGGGACUGAAUGGUUACAUAAAUGAACAUGUAAGAUGAUAAUACAAGCAGAGAGUACAAUUAUAGCUCUGGCAUUAAACUGACUCACCACAUAAGGACUAUCCAUAGAAUUCUAAAAAUCUCUAGUGCAGAAUCCCAAUAUGUUAUGCUAUUUCUUGAAAUACUGUUAGUGAUACGCAUUAUCAAAAUAAGUAAAUUUGGUUAACGACAUUUGUUUGUGUAAUACGAAAUAGGACCACGGUGGUUAAUAAAAAUGUACUUUUAAUCUUC